ACGAGCGAAAUCUUCCACCGUAGGCCAAGGAGGAAUAGGAUUGCACUUGCAGGCAGGCAUCGACCUCUCCACCACGGGAAUGACCACGGGAACUUCGCUUGCUGCUCGGCUGCUGUAGACCGACACUGGACGGGACUCUCCACCAUCUCUCCUCUCAGCUCCGUACCUCUCGUUCCCCUUCGACGAUCUCAGAAGCUCCCUGUACGCUUUCGGCUCCUCAAUUUCUCCGUCCUGGCAUCCGAUUUCGUCCCGCGUUCUGGGAACUGUUGUCAGUUAAAUUUCUCAAUUCUCGUCCAGAGGUUCUUCUUGUCGUCUCCUCGGCAUAUUGUUGUUCUGUUCUUAGGAAAAAUUCGGCCUGUUGACAAUCGAGGCUGCUGGUUUUUGGUUUUGGUGAAGCUGUUGAUGCCGUACUGCUAGGGCUUGAAACCUGAAAGCUUGUCCAGUCCAGUCUUACAGAUGAGAGAUGUUAUGUAUUAUACUUCAUCGACACAAUUUUUGUCUUCCUUGAGAUUAUGAAAAGUAUCCGAGACUGGGCGUUCUCGCAGAUUUUGACCAAUUCGUUGGCAUCAUCUAUACCGUUAUCUUGUAGUAACAGGUUUUUUAAUCAGGAAAAACCCAACGAGGAGCUUGGUGACCAAGCAGAUUCAACUGAUGCAGAUAUUGCUGAUCGACCAUCUUCCCGUAGCCACACUCAGGAGGUUCAUCAUCACUCCUCACAGCAACAUGAAGUUCUACUCAGAGGCAAUGAAAACCCUCAGUCUAGUCCCAUUGAGCGUAAUAUGACUCCAUUGUCAAAGAUUGAUGAUCUCCAAGUCAAGCUUCUGCGACUUCUUCUACGUCUGGGCCACUCACGUGACAAUCUUCUGGUGGGAAAGGUUUUGUACCGAAUGAACCUGGCAGCCCUAUUACAAGAAGGAGAAGCAGAUUCCAAAACACUGAAACUCAGACAUGAUCGAGUUAGGUCUCUAGCAGCUGCAGAGGAGGCUGCUGGCUCCCCUGAUUUGGACUUCUCGAUCAGAAUACUUCUCCUGGGGAAAACAGGGGUUGGCAAGAGUGCAACAGCAAAUUCCAUCCUUGGUCAAAUGAAGACAGCCACCAGCGCUUUUCGACCAGCCACAGACUGCAUUCGAGAGGUGUCAGGAACUGUGAAUGGGAUCAAAGUAUCUUUCAUUGAUACCCCUGGCUUCUUACCUUCUUCUGCAAGUACCAUGGGAAGAAAUCGAAAGAUUAUGCUCAAAGUGAAGAAGUAUCUCAGGAGGUCGCCCCCUGACAUUGUUUUGUUCUUCGAACGCUUAGACCACAUAAAUGCCAAUUACAACGAGAACACCCUCCUGAAGCUUAUGACCGAAGUAUUCGGUAAUGCCAUUUGGUUCAACACAAUCCUUGUCAUGACUCAUGCUUCCUGUUCACUUCCAGAAGGCCCUAAUGGGUAUCAAGUCAUGUACGAAUCUUAUGUAAGUCAGUGCAGUGAGUUGAUUCAACAGUCUAUUCAUCAGGCUGUGGCAGACUCAAGACUUGAAAAUCCUGUACUGUUAGUUGAGAAUCAUCCUCUAUGCAAGAGGAACUCAAUGGGACAGAAGAUUCUUCCUAAUGGGCAGGCUUGGAUAUCUCAAUUCCUAUUGUUAUGUGUCUGCACGAAAGUCCUGAAUGAUGCUAAUAGGUUACUGGAAUUUCGUGAGAGCAUUCUGUUGGGUCCACCAAGUGCUUCCAGACAGCCUUCUUUGCCUCAUCUCCUUUCAUCUAUUCUGCGUCAUCGUUCGAUGCUUAGUAGUGGGGAACCAGACGAAGAAGUCAGUGAAAUUUUGAUUUCAGAAAGUGAGGAAGAAGAAGAAGAAUAUGAUCAGUUGCCUUCAAUCAGAAUCCUGACGAAAUCACAGUUUGAGAAAAUGACUGAGUCACAGAAGCAAGACUAUCUAGAUGAGUUGGAUUAUCGGGAAACUCUCUAUCUGAAGAAGCAGUUGAAAGAAGAGCUUCGCAAGCAGAGAGAGCAGAUGCUUUCGAAAGUGGAUGAUACGAUUUCAACCCUGGAAGAUAAUUAUGAGUCCUCCGGGCAAGCAUCUAUGGAGCCAGUUGCUCUACCUGAUAUGGCAGUCCCUCCAAGUUUUGACUCUGAUUGCCCUGUUCAUCGAUACCGUGGGCUAGUCAGAAGUGACCAAAUUCUCUUGAGACCAGUUCAUGAUCCUCAUGGUUGGGAUCAGGAUGUGGGUUUUGACGGGAUCAAUGUGGAGACAUCCACUGAGAUAAAGAGGAAUCUCAUUGGCUCAGUCAUGGGACAGCUGAGCAAAGAUAAGAACGAUUUCAGCGUCCACUCCGAGUGUGGAGUAGCCUACAGAGCUCUCAGUGGGCCCUCUUACUCAGUGGGUCUCGAUGUCCAAUCAGCCGGUGGUAAAGAUUUGAUCUGCACGGUUCGAAGUGGCGCAAAGCUGAGAAACUUCCUGAAGAAGCACAAUGUUGCUAAUUGUGGAGUUUCACUGACGUCUUUCAAGAACAAGUACUAUUUAGGUGCCAAGAUAGAGGAUCAGGUUUAUGUCGGUAAGAGGCUUAAAUUUGUAGCAAAUGCGGGUCGAUUGGGGGGGCCUGCGGGAAAAGUGGCAUAUGGUGGAGGUUUGGAAGCUACUCUCAGAGGGAGAGAUUACCCAGUGAGGACGGAUCACAUGAGCUUAGGGAUGACAGUCUUGUCCUUUGACCGAGACACAGUGAUCAGUGGUAAUUUAGAGUCUGAGUUUUGUUUGACCCGAGAUACCAGAUUGUCCAUUAGCGGAAAUCUGAACAACCGGAACCUAGGACAGAUAUGCAUAAGGACGAGUAGCUCGGAGCAUAUGGAAAUUGCUCUGAUAGCUCUGGUUUCCAUCUUGAGGGGCCUCUUUUGUAGAAAGGCCCAUAUGUCUGAUAUCGUGAACAGCGACCAAUGAUUUGGAUGAAGAUCUAAUGAACUGCAUCAGGAGAUAACAGCUUCAGCUUGAAAAGGUAAAAUUCCGGCUAUAGAAAGGGUAAAAGGUCUGCUUCCAAUUUCGAUUCACUUGGAGGCAGUGCUGCGGUUCUUAGCUCUGGGUGCGGAGAGGUUUUAUCGAUUUGACUUUCAACAGUUUUCAUAAUUGCACAGUAGAAGGAAACCUUGGGAAGUGAAUUUUGGGUUGGGUAGUAUCCUGUACAAUAAUAAUUCGACGAGAGAUUCUUAAACCGCGGUUUUUUUGUUGCUGUAGCAUCGUGGUCCUUUUUUUUCUGGGGACUAUUGAGACAUUUGAAAAGGAAUAUAUAUUGUAAGCUUGGUGAA